AUGUCUGUUGGAACGUUGGCUGGGAAAGUGGCCAUUGUCACUGCUUCAACUGAAGGAAUCGGAUUGGCAAUCGCCAAGCGCCUGGGCAAAGACGGCGCCAAAGUCGUCAUCAGCUCGCGCAAACGGUCCAACGUGGACAAAGCAGUGGAGGAGCUGAAACGUCUGGGGGUCACCGCCCUCGGGUGUCGGUGUCACGUGGGCCACGACGAGCAGCGCCGGAACAUGGUCCAGGCCGCCGUGGACCAGUUUGGCGGCAUCGACAUCCUCGUGUCCAACGCCGCCGUCAACCCGUUUUUCGGCAACAUGAUGGACUGCCCCGAGGACUCGUGGAACAAGAUUUUCGACGUGAAUGUCAAGGCCAGCUGGCUGCUGACGAGGGAAGUGGUGCCGCACAUGAUCAAGCGAGGCUCGGGUGCCAUCGUGUUUGUCACUUCCAUCGCGGGCUACACUCCGAUGCCAAUGUUGGGACCGUAUUCAGUGAGCAAAACAGCACUUCUUGGCCUGGUGAAAGCAUUUGCGCAUGAAUUGGCAAAUGAUAAUAUCCGUGUGAAUGCUGUUGCCCCGGGUGUUGUACGCACCAAAUUCAGUUCUGCUUUGACAGAUACAGAAGGACUGUCUGAUGCUUUGCUGACAACGGUCCCAAUGCGACGUUUUGGAGAGACGGAUGAAAUUGCGGGGACGGUGUCAUUUUUGUGCUCCAAGGAUGCGUCCUACGUGACUGGGGAAACCAUGGUUGUGGCUGGUGGCAUGAAUAGUAAACUGUGAAAAAAAAUAAAAUAAAAUUGGAACCAGAGGAUAUUUGGGGCUUUUCUGUGGUGAUCUUCAUUGUGCUUCAUUAUUUGUUCAGGGAAAUAAAAUGUUGCGUUUUAGUGAUGGGAAUUAAUUUGGA